GCAUUGUUUCUUCUCUUUAUCUAUUCGCAUUCUUCUCUUUUGCAAAUACUUUACAGAAUCACAAAUAGUACGACGUUGGGCGGAUUAUUCUCCUGUUCAUACUGCGAAAUCAUCACUUACUCAACGCAUCAUUUCGAUAACACUUGAGUCCCAAUCAAUAUUCACUCCUUUCAAGUAUCUGUUCUCAAUUUAUAAUUUCCAGCUGUUACGGACAUGUCUGCCGCAAAGAAAUCAAAAAUUCCGAAGUUGAAUGGUGAGGAGAAGCCGGAAGUUGGCGUCCCAAAAGGCAACAAAACGACGCGGAAAGCACAGGAUGCCAGCUCUGCCAUUGAACAUAGUGUACAGACGGACGUACUUGCUGCACCUUCUGCAGCACAUCAAACCACUCAGCACUUUUCUGAAGAACAGCUUGCAUUGGCAUUGUCAAUCUCCAAUGCAAAGCCAGAUGAGAUGUCCAUAAAAGACUAUUGCAAUGAGAUCAAAGAAUCGAUUAAACCUGGGGAGUCAGGAAGUAAUCGUGUAGUGGAUCCAGAAGAGUUUUGGAGACGACGAUUCUAUAAACUACAGGAGAGAUUGCAAAGUUGUUGUAUGCAUUGUAUGGGAUCUUUAUCUGGCGAUUGUAGAGGAGAGGAAGUUCCGAAUAUCAACGAGCGUUCCUCGGAGUCUCAUGACCAACAUUUGGAGCCCGCCCAAGAGAAGAAGAGAAGAAGAUAUGAGAGUCUGGAUACUAUUCCGAAUGAAGACGAUGAAAUGGGAACCGAUGCAUUAGCCCUUGCAAAUAAUCACGAUCAUUUGAUGGUUGCUAAUUAUUUAUACAGAAUCAAUAAAUUGCGACGAUCUCUCCACGCCGAGUCAACAUCCGCCUCUUGCCGCGAGCUUAUAGAAUUAAGUUGGAAGGCAAUCUCCGACUGCAUUACCAAGUAUGUUCAUGUCAGAGAAGCAAAUGGCCACACAAAAGACGUAAAGUGCCUGGCGCAUCUUGUGAGCGAGAUCAUUGAGUGCCACAAAAUCUGCGUCGAGGUUUCAACGGAACAUUACAAAACUAUCGCUGGGAGAGAAUUGGUGAGGAAAUCGAAUAUCAUAUAUUCUUUGUGUUCUUUCUUCGACAAAGCGUUAAGCGAAUUGCUUAGGCUAUGCAUUACGGUAUCAGAUCGGGUGGAAAUUUCUGCCGAUAAUGAUGAGCCCAUGAUGAUGAUACGUUACGUUGCCAACCUUUUAAUCGGCAUCAUUCGAAAAAUCAGAUGGCAAAAGACGAAUGACCUGCAUAAACAAAUAUUUGAAGGCAUGCUAGCGAUUAUACUCGAUCACAUGGGUAGAUUAAUUUCCAUCACUACGUUCAACGAAGAUGUUGCCGCUUCAAAAUUGCCAGGACACAUUAGUUCUGGGAAAUUCGUUUAUCUAUCUCCAAACGAGUAUGCAUUAAAGUCCAAAUAUCUUGUUCACUUACUCGAGAUAGCACUUAAAGUUCAAAAGGAAAACAUGAGUACUGAACCAACCGAAGAACUUCUAAAGAAGGCCCAAAGAAAAAUCCGAAACACACUUAUGAAUAGCACUGUUGGAGCAAGCUUAAUGGGGCUGAAGAUGCCAGAAAUGUUUUCGGAGGAACCAGUUGAUAUCCCGGGAUUGGAAGGGUUGAAGAUGUAUGGAGAAUUGUGGACUUUGCAAUGUGUAUUCACGAUGAUCGAUAUGGAUGACGAUGAAGAUAGUGAGGCAACAGGAGGUAAUGGGGAGGUAGUAGUUUGAGAUGGUGCAGAGUGAGAUGUUGAGGUUGGGGGCUGAAUUUGCCGAGAUAUAGAUAAAGAAAUAGCAGGAGCUGUGGAAUAGGAAGAUAGGAGAGUAUCCAAAUUGCACAAAUUGCAAGAGCUGUAUUUAGAAAUGAACGUUUGACUUGCGGGUCUGUGCUGAGCUAUAUAAAGGUUGAGUCUAAUGUAUCACACAGAGAAUUAUGAAUUAUAUCUUGCUAAUACAAUGAAACAAUUUUGAAGGGAUGAUAA